AUGAGAGAAGUUCUAGUUAUUGGCGGCACCGGCGCCCAAGGCCUGCCAGUCGUCAAAGCCCUUUCCUCCAGCAAAAAAUUUUCCGUCCGGGUCCUCACUCGAGAUGCAAAGUCUGCUCGGGCGCAAGAAAUUGUGAAGCUGCCGAAUGUGUCCGUGGUUGAAGGCCGACAGGAUAGCCAGGAAGAUUUGCAUAGAGCCUUCAAGGGCGUUUAUGGAGCAUGGGUUAACACCGAUGGUUUCACCCUCGGGGAGAAAAAUGAGCUGUUCUAUGGCUGUCGAGCAUAUGAAAUCGCAAGGUAUCAGGGGGUGCAGCAUUACAUCUACGCCUGCACCGACUUCGCCCUUAAGCAUGCUAACUGGGAUGAGGAUUACCACUGGGGUCAUAAUGACUCCAAGGGCAGAGUGGCAGAAUAUAUUCUGGCCCAAGGGCAGGAUGGAAUGAAAAGCUCAGUGCUUACCACCGGCCCUUACAUGAACAUGCUUUGGGAUGGCAUGUUUGUCCCUACCCAGCAACCUGAUGGGACAUUUGUCUGGGCUAAUCCGGCAAAAUCCGGCAAAAUACCCCUCAUAGCUCUGGAGGAUAUUGGACAUUAUUCUCUUUGGCUGUUGAACAAUCCCGAGGAAUCCGCAGGGCUGGACCUCAAAGUUGCAACAGACGAAGUCAGUUUUGCCGACAUAGCUGCCGUUUUCACGGAGGUGACAGGGAAGAAAGGAGUCCACAGGUUCGUACGCUUUGAGGAGUACCUACCCAUGGCCGAACCUUUUCCGAACGCUCCUGCGAAUUUUGCUGCUGGUCCAUAUGCUAUCAGGGAUGAAUCAACUAUGUCGUGGCGCCGAAAUUUUUCAGCUUGGUGGAGAUAUUGGGGAGAAGGCCGUGCUGAGCGCAGAAAUAUGGCUCUUCUGGAUAGAAUCCAUCCCGGUCGCAUCAAGUCUCUGGGUGCAUGGAUGAGAUUGGUGAACUACGAUGGGAUACCAAGGAAUGUGCUGAAGGGAGUCGAAGACUUGAAACGAGCGGCAGCGUUAGUGCAGCAGCAGCAACUCUCUGGUUGA